AGAUAUUCAUGUCCAAUCACACUGGAUCCAAACACAGCAUACAGAAAACUGUUACUGUCAGAGGAGAACAGAAAGGUGACAGGGAUGAUAGAACCUCAGUCUUAUUCUGAUCAUCCAGACAGAUUUACUCAGUGUUAUCAGGUUCUGAGUAGAGAGAGUCUGACUGGACGUUGUUACUGGGAGGUGGAGUGGAGAGGAUCAUGUGUUUAUGUAGCAGUCACAUACAAGAACAUCAGCAGAUCUGGAGAUGAAAGUGAAUUUGGUCAUAAUAACAAAUCUUGGGCAUUAGUUUGUUCUCCAAAAAGUUUCUCAUUUUACCACAACAACAUUCAAACCUCCAUCUCAGCUCCUGGUUCCUCCAGAAUAGGAGUGUACCUGGACCACAGAGCAGGUGUUCUGUCCUUCUACAGCGUCUCUGAAAGAAUGACUCUCCUCCACAGAGUCCAGACCACAUUCACUCAGAACCUCCAUGCUGGACUGAGGUUGUGUUAUGGAGCCACAGCAGUUCUGUAAUGUCAAAUAAUUCCAAAAGAAUAUUUCAAUAAAGAA